CUCAAAAUAUGCUUGUUACCACUGUUUUGUUUUUAUUGUUAUUCGCAAUUUCAAGUUUUCGCUUUUCGGGAAGUUUUGUGUCACACCUUUACAUGUAGUAUUUCACAGACUAAACUUUCAAACUGUUCAUUGCAUGAUAAUUCUUAGUCUCCUCUUCUCUCAUGAAAAAGCUACUCCGUAAUCCUUACCCCCACAACUUCGUAUUCGUUCGAAUGGAGGUUUCAUUCGAUAUGAGGAUAUGACUCUUGGUCUCCUCACCAUGGUACCGCUUUAAAUUUUGUUAUUCAGGAUUUUUGUACUAAACCCGCCGAGUGAUUCAUCAUAUUUUUUUCUACUCGGAGCUAUUCUUUCAGUGCUCAAAAUGAAACGAUACGAGAAGAUCAAGCUUAUCGGGAAGGGCUCCUUUGGGAUUGUUUACAAAGCAAAAAAUGUUGAAACACAAGAAAUUGUUGCUUACAAAGUGAUGACCAAGCUCAACCGCACACCCAAAGAAAUAGAAGGUCUUCGAAGGGAAUACAAAAUUCUCCAUGGGCUAAGUCAUCCCAACAUAAUUAAAAUGCUGGAUUCAUUUGAAACGGAUUAUGAGAUCGUAGUUGUGUCUGAAUAUGCUGAUGAAGAACUCUACGAUGUUCUGGGCAAAGUUAAGAGACUUGGCGAAGAAAGAGCAAGAGAAAUUUUGUGCGACCUUCUCUCUGCCAUCCACUAUCUUCAUUAUAACAGAAUUGUUCAUCGGGAUUUGAAACCUCACAAUGUACUGUUAGACAAUAAAGGGCAUGCGAAACUUUGUGAUUUCGGGUUUGCCAGAAGUAUGAGCUCAGGAACACACUUACUAACCUCCAUCAAGGGAACCCCCUUGUACAUGGCACCAGAAUUAAUUCAAGAACUCCCGUACGAUUACAAAGUAGACCUGUGGUCUCUAGGAUGCAUAAUGUAUGAGCUGGUAGCUGGCCGACCACCGUUUAAAACAAGAUCAAUGAUAAGUCUAAUUUAUAUCAUUCAAAAUGAAGCUGUGAGGUGGCCAAACUAUCUCUCUGAAAAUUGUGUUGAUUUCUUGAAAGGGCUCCUCGAAAAGGACCCAAUCAAGAGGUUUUCGUGGAAUGACCUACUGUCUCAUCCGUAUGUACAAGGCCGUGUGCUCACAACUCAAGGUUGCAACGUCGAAACUCCUUUAACAGACUCACUUUCCAUGUCUCAGAAUCGUGCAAAGGAGAUUCAAAAGAAUAGCCUUCUCUGUGGAUUAGCCGAUAAACAGAAGCUGCAUUCAAUGGCAUCGAAGUACAUGAAACCCCGCUUACCUCAUCCUCUAUCAAAUAAAAUGUACCAGAUGAACGAACUAAACAAACUCACCUCUAAUUUGAAUAUAAAUUAUGACCCAAGAAGAAAUGAAUUAACGAAUUACGCAAAUAUCGCUAAAUUCGGUGCAAUACCCAAAACUACCAAUUCUAACUCAACAACCAAGAAUAAAUCAUCAGUUUCUCUCUCGUCCUCCCUAGCUGCUUCAUCGGGCAAUGCUAAUUGGAUCCAGACGGAAAUUUCUGAGUUGAAACAACUGAUGAAAGUAGAAUUAGUACAUAAAAUUAAUAGGCUCAAUGAAAUUCAUGAAGAAAGGAAGAGGAAGACGUUGGAUCGAAGAAAAUCAUCCUUUGAAGAUCUGAAGUUGCUGUCUAAGAUAAGUUUUAAUGACAUCAAAGAAGAGAAUGCUCAGCCGAUCGAAAGCGGAGAGCGGCUGGCUUUUCUGGAACAUACCUUAGCAGAAAUUGCCGAUGGUGACCUCGAAUCUCUUAAAAACAUACAUGUUUUGACGAUGAUCAUAGGGCCCUUUAAGAACUCUUCCGCUUCUUUUGAUGUUAUUAAGUACACUGCAUCUCUACUCUUCCUACCUUUUGUUAUUGAUGACGUUUCAACUAAAGAUAAGGACCUCAUCCGACAGGUUUAUAAUGAAGCUGAGUUGGUGCCAAAUCUAGUCUACUCAACCAAGCUGCUUCUAUGGAAAUUAAACGAAUUACCAGCUGAGCACCUACAGACGUUAGAAGUGGUUCUCCUCCUGAUCACAAAUCUCGUUUACAACAGCGAUGACUCUUUAAAUCAAUUCAUUGAUUCUGCAAUGCAGCUGAAAAUGACACCUGUAAUACAGUCUAUUCUCUCCCUACGCAAACAAAACCUGAAGAUAGUAUCGGAUCUACUCUCCAUUUUGUGCCAAAUUUUAAGGAAGAAACCGCAAUUCACCAAGUUCGUUAGUGACUUGGUUCUUGGGGAUGGUCAGAAAGAUUCUGUGAUGCCUGUUGAUAUUCAUAGUAUCCUAAUCAGUUCAGACGAUUGUUUGAGAGAGAGAGGUAGUACUUUACUGCAUCUGAUGGCUCAAGUUUGUCCAGACUCUUUGAACGCCGUUUGGAAUGAAACUCUCCGAUGUGAUAUCGAAGCUCUGGACUAUGAUUCUUGUGUUGCUGUAAGAAAUGCUGCCUCAAGUGCAUUAGUUUCUUUGAAAAAGAUGCCUAACUAUCGCUCAGAUCAUCCUUGAAGGUAUUUAUUGCUAAGACAAGGAAUUUUUGGAUCUCUAACUGACAAGUGUAUUUCUCUAUGUAUUCAGUAUUUUCUGAAAAAUAAACAUGCCUUACAAGUUGCAAGGCCACGUGAUAAUGAUGAUCUCUGCAAGAAGAUAAUAUAAAAGAUCAAUAAGUGUGAACAAUUUUUAUGCAUUUCCAGGUUGCAAAAAUACUGCAAUGUUUCUUUCCCAAAGGCUUUUUAGUUGCAAUGAAGUAAUAUUAAGAAAAUCACCUGCAUUAUUCAAUGAAGAAAGUAUUAAUUCUGAAGUAAAUUUUUGUGACUAAUCGUGACAAUAUCCCUUCAAAGAAAAAAACUGCGUGACAAUCAAAAAGUACAUAUUACUUUUAAGUCCUUUGAUAUCUUUUUUAAUUUUUUAAACGGUGCCAUGCCUUUAUCAUUGCGUUUUCAACUGAAGACUAUAGUGUUCUUUAAAAAAGCAAUGAGCAAUGUUUGUGCUCUGCUAAGUUAAACCCUACAAAAUCUGAAACUUUUUCACUAGAAACUGAUGUAAAAAUCUGUGAUCAAAAUGAGAAAUUCAGGACUGUAUUAAUAGUUGUUUCUUAAUCAUCCUUACAUUCGUGAAUAAACGAAGCGUAGUACUAAGUAGGGGUUCAGUAUUGAACUUACUGACCACAUAACCAGCCUGGCCAAGUCUCUGAAACCCUCCGCAACCAUAUAAAUCAUGUGUGGAUCCUCCAGCGUCCCUAAGGAAGGGAUCUGCUUCUGGAACAACCAUGAAUAUGACCAUACGUCGGAUAUAUUCGACUAGAAUCAGCCUAUCUUUAUUUAACAGUGCCUAAUUUCAGCUCAAAUUGUAUUUUCUCAGCAGAAAAGCAAACAAAAUAAUACCUUGAAAAUUUCUUCUGGAUUUUAAGGAGUAUCACUAAAUUUUGAGUCAGAAUUUUGAUUGGUUUUCAGUAUUGAAAAUUAAACUUGAGAGGAAAUUAGACCCGGUCUGGUGUAGUUUGAUUGACUCUGUGUAAUAAAAUCUGUCCUGCCAGUAUGACAUGAGGUAAAAAUUAAAGUUAAGCAAUUGAGAGAAAAAAGAAUCUUCGUCUCAAGUUUAAAAUAUGUUAUUUUUAGUGAUGUUUUGUAUUUUUCGCUGUGAGUAAAAAUUGGUGCCAAAUUUUUCCAAUUUUAUAUUGUUGUCCCUUUUUCCGAUUGAAAUAAAGGUGAUGAAUGAAUGAUA